AGGAGCACAGUUUCCUUCCCCCAGAUAAGUUGCAAAACAAGACUAGAAAUUCAACUAGUACCUUUCCUAACUAAUUUGAAGACGGAAAAUAUGAGAUCUUGCUUAGUGAUCCUCCUCUUCUUCUCAGUUGUUUCGCUUGUGUGUAUUAGCGAGGCAGCAAGACACGGACCAGAGAAUUAUGGAAAUGAAACACAGGAGCUUCUUAAAUGGGCUUCCCGGAGUGGAAAUCUGGGUCUUCGUGCACUUUGGCUCAUUCUGCAUUUUGCCGUCACCAUAUGGUACUUUCUGCUGGGAGUAGUGCAGUCUUUUGAGAGCUUUCUCAUUGCUAGUGAUAUAUUGACGAAAUAUGAAGCCCUUGAUAUCAGCAAGGUUCGUUAUUUGGCAAUGGUAAUAGACAGUGAAGAAGCUCAAGAACUUUCAAAAGUUUUGGAGUUAUUGCAGUGGGUUGCAGAUAUUGGUGUGAAAAGUGUCUGCCUUUAUGAUCCAGAAGGUGUGUUGAAAAAGAACAAGGAACCUAUCAUGCAAAGAUUCAGCAGUGCAAACUUGUCUGAGGAGGCUGCUGUUAAUGGUCGGCUUGUUACCCGCAGAAAUCUGACUUUGGAGUUUGUUUCAUUUGAGGAUGGAAAAGAAGCAGUUGCCAAAGCAGCUAAUUAUCUCUUUGUAAAGCACUAUGCAAAUGGUACUAAGGAAAAGUCAGAUUUUACAGAGCCUCAAAUGGCUGAAGCUUUAGGAGCCAUUGGUUCUGGAGGAGCUGAUCCUGAUCUGCUACUAAUUUAUGGACCCACAAGAUGCCAUCUUGGGUUUCCAGCAUGGAGACUUCGGUACACUGAAAUAGUACAUAUGGGGCCAUUGAAGUCUAUGAGUUAUGGUUCCCUUGUUAAAGCCAUUUUCAAGUACACUAUGGUGCAUCAAAAUUAUGAAACAACUGAUGCUCUGGUCGCUGUGCCUUCAUGUGGUCAAAAGUUUGAAACAAGUUUCCAUCCCCCUCCUUUUGGGAUCAAGGAAAACUAUCAUGUUAUUCAUCUCCAUUUCCAUCUUUUUACCUUAUUUGGCGAGUUUAAUCUAAUGAAAAAUGGUUCAUAAGCAAUUUCAUCCGCAGUGACGUCAUCUUGUGGGACGAGCAGAGUUCGGAAGAUGGACCUGACAGACGCUGCUAGUAUGGUUUGCAUUUUAUUGAGAAUGUUCUUCUUUGAUUGUAGGACCAAAGUUAAAAGGUAUCUAUUGGCUUGUAUGCCCAAUUGAUUGACCUUUUCGUAAACUCAUCCCGUUGUAAACUCAUCACGUGAUGGAAAAUGUUUGUACUCCAUUUGCUCUUUUUUUCCUCUUAGGAGUAGGGGGUUGGGAGAUGUCUUGGUCCUAUGGGGUUGGGACAUAUAUAGUUGGUGGCAUUAGUUGAAAGGAAUAAUAAGAGGAAAAAAAGGCUUCAAUUGUUUAUCAU